UAAAUAUAGUUGUCAAAGGUUAGAGUUUACAUAAAUUCAUAAAAAUUGGUUUGUUUUUUAUUUAGGCAUAAAAGAGUCAGAACUCAAAGUUUAAAAAAAAAACUUUUUUCAAUGUGAAAAUCAAACCCAGUGAAAACUGAAAACCGAAAUUGUGAUUAUUGAUUUAUCGAUUUCUUUAUGAGGCUUAAGAUUAGACUUUCAUUUCGAACAUUUGUUGCGGCUUGGGCUUUUAAAAUUUAAUAAUUUGGUUACGAGGUUAAGCGAUCGACUCACAAUCAUGACCUCCCAAGCCCUAGCUUCCCUCACGGCAACGUACACGGACUCUGAAGGCGAGGAAGAUAUGGAGGAUGGACAACAGACGCCAGACAAAGAAGAGCCCACGGUUACACAAGCUGUGCCAGUCAGUCCGCAGACCGCAGGGGAAAACAAACAAUCUUCGUCAGCACCCGUGUCCCCUAAACGGAGACUAGUUUCAUACGUAGACGACACAAUUGUCUCGGACGAGGAAGCUUCGUCGCACAGCGCUGACGACAUGAGGAGACUGUCCAUGGAGACAGACACGGACGAAGCGAUUCCGCGCUCGGAGGAGCCCGACGACUCUGAAGAUGGAGUCAUGAUACCGCCCGAGCCGCCGGGCAAGUGCCCCAAGGAGCUGCAAGAUACCAUAACCAAGUUCUACAACCGCAUGAUUAACGAGGGCUUGGACAUGAAUAAAAUUAUCCAGGAGAAGAAAAACUUCCGGAAUCCCAGUAUUUAUGAGAAACUAAUCCAAUUCUGUGACAUAAAUGAGUCAGAUACUAACUAUCCACCUGAGAUAUAUGACCCAUUUAGAUGGGGAAAAGAAUCUUACUAUGAUGAGCUGGCGAAAGUUCAGAAAGCUGAAAUGGAGAAACGAGAAAAGGAAAAGAAGGAUAAAUUGUCGAAGAUUGAUUUCAUCAGUGGAGUUGCUAAGAAAUCAGAUAGUGACGAUGACAGGAAACGGAAGUCCAAGUGGGAUCAAGCAGCACCCAAUGUGGCAUCCAAGCCCAGUAUCAAGCAGCCUGGCUUGCUGCAACAACCUUUGACCAGCAGUGCCACAGGCACCAAGGGAACGGUCAUAUCUGCUUUUGGGUCAAUAGCAAAGAGGUCUAAAAUAUGACAAAAAAAUAAACUCCUGGCAAAGUUAUUAUGGGGACAUGAAUAGAAACAGACAGAACUUUGCAGAAUUUUUUUAAUAACAAACAUUUAAUCAUCUAUGUGGCUUCUGUAUUGCAUUGCAUAUUAUAGUCCUGUAGGGAUGGCAUUGUUGCUUAUUAGAUUUAGUGAAGUUAAAUAAAUGACAUCAUAUUAAUUAUUAUUCUGUAAAGUGGCAUAACUAUAGGGUGGAAGAGCUGGCAAAAGACCAUGGGCCCAAGGCUCAUAGGGCUCCAUGUCUGUGAGCUCAGAAGUAAUCUAACAUUAAAAGUAAUAUGAUUUGUCUGGGGCCCACCCAAUCAUUUGCCAAAGGCCUUAGAUGGUAUAGCUAUGACACUAGUUCUGUAAUAAAUACUAUUUUAAUCUAUUUACUGUGUAUUGGCAUUCUUAUAAAUUAAUCAAUGUCAUAUAAAUUAUUCAAUGUUAUAAAUUAGUUUCUAAGUAUUUCUCAAAUAUAUAAAAUUAAUAAAAUAA